AUUGCCAUGAAUCGGCGGUUGGUUAACUUGGAAAAGGAGCGUGACGCGCUGGAAAAAGAGGUCGAAUCUGCCACCGAAUCGGCCACGGAAGCCAAUCGGAUGCUGGAAGAACUACUGGCGUCGCAGUCGGAGAACGACCAAUGGCAGAGGUCGGUCGAGGUACUCCAGCAGCAGCUCAACAGGCAGCAGCAGACGAUGGAGAAUCUGAAUUCCAGCCUGUGCGUGAAAACGGCAGAGAACGAGACCCUGGGCGUUGAAGUGGAAGAGCUCCGCAUCGAAACGGAGCGCUAUAAAGUGCGCAUCAAGACGCUGCAGGGCGAUCUCGAAACGCUGAAGACGUCCAAUCGGAAUUAUCAGCAGAAAAUGGCGCAGGAAGGAGCCGAAUUGAUGAAACUCAAACAAGACAAAGAAGCGUGGGUCACCGAACGUCGUUCGCUGUCGAAUCAAAUCAACCGGCACGCCAAGGAGAUCGAAGAAUGGCGAGACAAGGCUGAACAACUGAAAAAAUCUAUGAAAGCAAAAGAGAAUGAUCUGGCCAAAUCGCUGGAACUGCUCAAACAGUCGGGCAAUGACGGCCCGUCUGUCCUGCAAUUGACAUCGCUCGUCCAGCUGGAAUCGGAAUUAGCCGAAGCGAAUCUGACCGUAGAGAGGCUCACGCGUGAAGUCGGCUCGCACGCCGAAGAGAGCCGGCGAUUCGACGCAGAGAAGGCCGACAUCCAGCAACGUCUUUCAGAGUUACAAGCCACUUGUGAAGCUGCAGCCCGAGAUAAACGCGAAGCCGAAACGCGAUUGGAGGUUCUGACGAAUUAUUUCAAAGAAAAGGAAACCCAAUUACACAAGGAGUUGGGCACACACGAAGCCAAACGGGCCAUCACCGAGGAGAAUGUCAGCGAAUCAGUCAAGAAGAUAAUCGAAACGGAGGAAAGCCUCACGUUAUACAAGUCUCAGGUCGAGACGUUAACGAAAGAAAUCGAAGAACAGGAGCGGAGUUACAAGUCGCGUCUGGCCACUCAGGAGAAAAGAGCGCACGAGAACUGGGUGGCGGCCCGACAGCUUGAACGUCGACUGGAAGAAUCCAAGCAGGAAUCCGCUCAGCUGCGUCACAGGCUCACUCAAGUGGAGAAGGAUAAGGAAGCGCUGCUGGUUGCCAAGGAGAACGGCACGGCCAAUGGAGCUGUCGACGUGGACUUAAUUAAGCCCGUCAUCAAGCGUCCGCUUUUAGCUGGGCUGCCUAACAAUGAAGAGCUGACGAUGAUGGAACAUCCGCCUCUCUUGUCACCACCCAUUCCGCCACCGCCACCCGGAAUGGAACUCGGUUUAGGUGUACCGCCUCCACCGGGCAUGCCGUUCGAUUCAAUGUUCCCUCCACCCCAUUUCAUCCCGCCCGCUCCGUUCAUGCCGCCCGAAGCCGGCAUGCUGGCCCCCCUUCACCUGCAUAUGCCUUCCAUUCCACCGCCUCCUUCGGGCAUGCUGGCCGAUCAUCAUCGUCCGCCACCGCUCGGCAUGAUUGCCACGGGCAGUUUUGAUGUCGAUUACCGACGGGACAUGGCCGACCCUCCACCUCCCAGACGCUACCCAUCGCCGCCACGGCGCUAUCCUUCACCUUUAGGCUCUGAAAGGAGCGUCCGGUCAGAUCGUUCAGAUCGAAUGGAUCGUUACGACGAUCAUUUUAGGCCCAUAUCACCUUACGGCAGACAUGGUGGACAUAGGCCACGCUCGGUUGGCCGAAGUCGGGAUGUUUCACCUGAGCGACCACGAAGCUAUUCACCUCUGCCGUCUCCACUCUAUCCUCCUCACACCACUGUGCACUCACCGCAGGACUGGGAUGACGGACGAGAUUACAACAGGGCACCAAUGAUGCGACCAAAUAACCUUCGGCACCCACAAUCAGGCCCCAAAACAUCAUCGCCUCUUAUCCAGCCAAUGGAUAAUGGCGAUCGUCAUCAUCGACCCCAACCUUGAAAAAAAAAGAGAGAGAAUGAAAUGCCUGGUUGUUUCUUUUUGUUAUUAUUUUUCUUUUCUUCUUUUUUUUUUUUUCAUAACAGAAUUGAAGCUUCUUUUUAAAAAAAAGGGGGCUGGAACGUUUUGUUUGCGUGUUCCUGAUUGAACAACAGAGCUGCUCGAUGUGCCGAAAUGAAAAAGAAAAUGAAAACAAAAAGCGAAUCGAUGUUAUACCAGAAUGAAUAAAGGAAAAAAAAAAAAGAAUGAGAUACGAAGAAAGAGAAAAAAAAUCGAACCUAAAAUUGUGUUCUUUUGUUCUGUUUUUUUUUUUUCAUUUCUCUCUUUUGCUUGUAUCUGUGUGUGUGUGGAAGAGCCGGAAGAGUUUUUGGUGGAUCAACUAGUAACCCAUCCAGUAUUUUUUUUUCUCUUUCUUUUUUUUUUUUUUAAAUAUAAAUAUAGGGAGGAGGGUAGAAUUAACUUGCUCAUCGUCCAGUUAGAAAAAGUCCUAGAUUAUAGGGAAGGACAAAUGGAUGAGGUGAACACCGAAGAUGAAGAACGACUUGUUGGGUGUUUAUUUUGUCCUUUUUUUGUUUUGUAUUGUUUAGUUUUUUUCCAACACACCCAAUGGUCCCAAUUUAUCCUAAAGAUUUCAUUGCCCAUCUGGCCGUUUUCCCCGAACGGUCGUAAAAGACAAAUGAAAAUAGGCAACAACAACAAAAAAAAGGGGAUAAGGCUGAAUAAGAAGUCUUAACAUCAAAAUGUCUCAUUGCGUUCCUUUUUUUGGUAAGGCUAACAAUAUGUUUCCAUGUAGUUUAAUUCUCUUAUUGUCAUCUUGGCCCUCGAAAUAGCCUCAGUUGGUAAACAUUGUACACUUUGAAAAAAAAUGUUCUAUUUGGUAAUCCA